CGCUUGUGCGUGAUGACGCCAGAGUGUUCGCCCUUCCGUGAAGUUCUUCGCCGUGAAUGUUUACUAUGGUAUUUUUUCCCGCGUUAUGAUAAAACAUCUGGCUAAGAGGAGCAGCCGUGUGCAAGCGGUUCAUCCCUGAGUCUUGAAGAUGAUUAAGACCGAGAGGAUUUUACAUCUGAAGAGCUGCCGGGGCCGGAAAGUCCGAGUGGUCCGGGAACAUUAUCUGAGAGAGCGGGUCCCCUGCUACAGCUCUGUGUGUCAGGCGGACUGUGUGAACGAUGGUAAGGUGUUGCCAGGAGAUCUGACCCACUACGUGGUACCCGAUGUCGGAGUGGUGGUCGACUACCUGGAGAUCCUGGAGGACAGAGAGCUGCAGGGCGUCGUGUUCACCCAGACCGCCUGCCAGGCUGUGCAGCACAGCAAAGGACGCAGGCAAUACAACCGUCUGCGAAACCUGCUGAAAGACCCUCGCCAUGACUGUGUGCUGUUUGCCAAUGAAUUUCAAGAGUAUUCCUACUGUCCGCGAGAGAAGGGGGAGAGCCAAGAGAAGUGGCAGACCAGAUGCGUGUACUCUGCAGCAGUGUGGUACUAUAACCACCUGGCAGGCAUGAUGGAUGUAGUGAUGAUCACAGAGGACCAGGAAGCCGUGGCUCAGUACAGCAGCCUCAACUCUGGAGUGUACGUCAUCUCUGUCCAGGAUUAUUUGCAGAACUUCUGGCCACAGCUGCAGGCAGCCCACGACCUGUACGGCUCCAUUUCUCAGGCGCUGCAAGAGAAGGAGAGUGAGGGCAAUGAGAGAGAGUUCAGCGAACAUCUCCCGGCUGAAGUCCUGGAGGCUGGAAUCAAGUCUGGACGGUACAUUCAGGGUACUCUGAACGUCAACAAGCACCGUGCACAGACUGAAGCUUUUAUCACGAUGGAGGAUUUAUCCAACAAGAACACAGAUAUGAGCUGUGGCGUGUUGGUGUACGGCGAUAAGAAUCGUAACAGGGCCAUGCAAGGCGACAUGGUUGUGGUGGAGUUGCUGCCAAAGAGUGAGUGGAGGGGGAAGGUCACAGCCCUGACGGAGGGUCAGGGAGACGAGAAGAGCGGAGAGGACGAGAGCAAACCACUGCCGACAGGCCGUGUUGUGGGGAUCCUGCAGAGGCACUGGAGGGACUACGUGGUAACUUUUCCCCCACGGGAGGGGUCUCAGUCCCAGAGCAGGAAUUCCCAGCGCAUCCUGGCUGUGCCCUGGGACCGUCGUAUCCCCAAAAUCCGCAUCAGUACUCAGCAGGCUGAUGCUCUGCAGGACCACAGAGUGGUUGUGCGCAUUGAUUCAUGGGAAAGCACGUCGCUCUAUCCCAACGGCCACAGUGUGCGGGUUCUGGGUCGUGCUGGAGAGCUCGAGACAGAGGUCCAGACCAUCCUCAUAGAGAACUGCAUCCACGUGCCUCCUUUCUCAGAUGCUCAGCUGAGAGAGAUGCCCGUCAGCUCUCCUGAGAAACCGUGGAAGGUUGAUCCACAGCAGUUGGCCGAGCGGCGGGACCUCAGGGAGAGUCACCUGGUGUUCAGCAUUGACCCAAAGGGCUGCGAGGACGUGGACGACACGCUGUCCGUGCGCAGCCUCGCGGGCGGGAAGCUGCUGGAGCUGGGUGUCCACAUUGCUGAUGUCACCCACUUUGUCACAGAGGGCUCACUCACCGACCUGGAAGCACGGACCAGGGCUACAACCUACUACCUGGCAGACCGCAGGUACGACAUGUUGCCUGCUGUUCUCAGUGCAGACCUCUGCUCUCUGCUGGGAGGAGUCGACAGGUAUGCAAUGAGCGUGCUGUGGGAGCUUGAUGCACACACCCUCGCUGUCAAUAAGGUGUGGUUCGGUCGUACGAUCAUCCGCUCCGCCUACCAGCUCCACUAUGAGCUGGCCCAGGCAAUCCUCAACGGAGAGCCCACCGAGGUCCCAGAGCUGGCCCAGCUCGGUUCUGAGGAGAAGGACACUAAACUGGCUCAGCUCACCCAGGCUCUGGAAAUGCUCACACAUGUGGCCAGACACCUCCGAGCUCAAAGGGACAGGGGAGGAGCACUGGAGCUGGAGGGAGUGGAGGUGCGUGCUCAACUGGAUGAGGAGAGGAACAUCACAGCCCUGGUCCCCCGUCAGCCCCUGGAGGUCCACGAGACCGUCGCCGAGUGCAUGAUUUAUGCCAACCACUGGGUGGCGCGCAAGAUCCAGGAGACCUUCCCUCAUCAGGCGCUGCUAAGGCGUCACCCACCGCCGCGGCAGGAGUUCUUCAACCUGCUGGUGGAAAGCGCAAAGGCCAGGGGAUUCACCAUCGACACUAGGUCCAACAAGGCUUUAGCAGACUCUCUGGACCAGGCUGUGGACCCAGAGGACCCACUUGUGAACCGGCUGUUGAGGAUGAUGACCACCCAAGCAAUGUCAGAGGCCCUGUACUUCUCCACUGGGACUCAGUCCAUAGACCAGUACUACCAUUACGGUCUGGCUCUGGACCGCUACACACACUUCACCUCACCCAUCCGUCGCUAUGCCGACAUUGUGGUCCACCGCCUUCUCACCGUGGCCAUUGCCAUGGAAGGGGAAGUGGGCCCUGUUAAAGCACUUGCCAGUAACAAAGAACUGGAGGAAAUGGCUCAGCACAUCAACAAGAAGAACAGGGCAGCAAAGCGAGCCCAGAAGUUGUCCACAGAGUUGUUCCAGUGUCUCUACUUCAAAGAAAGAGACCCUCAGACAGACCAGCGCUGUGUGGCCGACGCAGUCAUCUACUCCAUUCGAGAUGAUGGCAUGUUGGUGUUUGUCCCUGAGUACGGUGUGAAGGGGCCAGUGUAUCUGAAGAACCGGGAAGGCCAGGUGGUGGCUGCAGGACAUGACGGAAGCUGCGAGUGGCAGAGCGGCUCAGUGCGACGAUACCCAGACCACAUCACCACCGCCUCCAGCUGCGGUAGCUCCACUUUCAGGCUGUUUGACCACAUCACUGUUCGUAUUUCUGUCCACUCCACACACUGCCAUGCAGACCGUAUAAACCUGGAGGUCAUCAGCAACAGGCCGUACCACAGCACUGAGCCCCAGCAGCCGCGCUCCCAGGGCCGCUGCCAGCUGGUCCAGGAGGUGGUGCGUCUGGCCGAGGAGGCGCACCAGCAGGCCCAGGAGAAGGCUGCCCGGCGCCCCAAGCUCUCCAGAGAGGAGCGAGAGUUCUGCCAGAGCAAAACCCCGAACCUGUACUCGCUCCUGGAGGAGAUCAGAGAGGAGGCUCUGAGGGACCUGAACAUGGUUCCUCAGGUCUGUGCAACGACAGCAUAGAUCAGUUGUGAAUCACGUUAAUGGACACAGAAAAAGCUGAUGAGUUUUUGAAUAUUACUGAUGACUGCUGUGUGAACACUUCAUGGACAAAUAUUGACUAAAUAUGGAGGCUUUCUCCUCUACAAAUGAACAUUUAUCCAGUAGAUUUUUGAAUCAUCUUUCUAUCUAUUUAUUGUCUAAAUACAAACAUGUUUGAUGAUGCGAGGUGUAAACAUGAUGAUAUUUUCAUUACAUAAAAUCAGGAAAAAUCAGUGAGACAUUUAGUUUGUCUGAGGAUGAGGAGCAGAGAUAUUGGUAAGUAAUAAAAAUGAAAACGAGUGUAGUUAGAGCCACAGUAAUUAUAGAAUUGUUUAUCUUAUGAAAAGGUCAAAACACUGAACACAUUUUUAAAAUAAAAUUGGUGACCCUGUGUUUAAUAUGAAGAAUUAAUAAAGCAUCUGAUUUGUAUUUCAUGGCUUCUAACAACAAAGAUCUUUACUGUUUAUCA